AUGAAUGACCUAACUUCUGAACAAAUUGCCAAUCACGAACUUAUCGCCCAAGUACUCCAAGAAUUUCGCGAAUUAUAUGAAAGCAAAGAAACUCCUGCCCCGGAAACUAAGCCAACUGUUCCCACCGAAUCUCCGUUGGAAAGACCUGCCCCUAAGCCGUUAAGUGAGCAAACCCAGGAAGAUUUAGUCCA